AUGGCGAUCGUGGGCGCGGAGUACUGCGACCCCGAGGAACGCGUCCUGACGGUGCGCAAGACCUCGCACUUCUCCCCCGGCGACGGCUUCGCGGCCUACGACCACCGCACGGGCGGGCUCGCCUUCCGCGCCGACACCUACGGCCGGGGCCACGGCGGGGGUGCCGCGUCGGCGGGCGAGCUCGCGCUGCUCGGCCCUGCCGGGGAGCCGCUCCUCACCGUGCGCCGGCGGCGCCCGUCCCUGCACCACCGAUGGGAGGGCUUCCUCGGCGCCCGCGCCGACGGCCAGAAGGCGCUCUUCUCGGCCCGCCGCCCGUCCAUCCUCGGCGGCGCCGCGGCCGGCGCCGUCAUCGAGCUCCUCCAGCCGCCGCUCCCCUCCUCGUCGCCGCCGGCCGUGGCCGCCGCCCCCGAGCUGCUCCGCGUGGACGGGUCCUUCCCGCGGCGGUGCUGCCGCGUGGUGGCGGCGCCCAGGGCCGAGGGGGAGAAGGCCAAGGUGGUGGCGGAGAUCAGGCGGAAGGUGGACGAGGGGGCGCGCGUUGUCAUGGGCCGCGACGUGUUCGUCCUGCGGGUGAGCCCCGGCUUCGACGCGGCGUUCGCCAUGGGGAUCGUGCUCGUGCUCGACCAGAUCGCGGGCGACGAGGCCAGCGUCGACGCUGGAGCGGACGUCAUCGACGCCAAGAUUUGA